GCAAGAUCUACUCAAUCUAAUCAUCGACGUAGCUAAACGACCCCAUCCCCAAAUCUUCAUCAAUGCCAGACGAGGUAUUGCGAACAGCUAUGCAGAUUUGCCUUUCAGAAACCCCCACGAUAUCGACGACGGAUCCAAGGCAGCAUUCCGGGAUUCUCGAUCUUCCCGAAGAGUUGAUAGACACCAUCAUUCGAGUUGUCAAAAAUACUGCACCUGUCUCAGACUUCUGGAACUGCUUGAAAACCUGCAGGAAAUGGCACCGCAUCGGCCUUGCUAUCCAUGGAUGCCUAGACUUUUCAGUAUCAGCGACUAUUGAAUCAGGGGCUCGACGUCACGCAAUUCAGCAAGAAGAGAAAUCUACAAGCAUCGAACAUUUGACGGACUUCUCAAUGAACCCUCCCUCCCAGCUGUUCUUAUGUGAACUUCGAUCAUUAACUGUGCAUGUCCUCCAUGGUCGCAUUUCCAGCCCGUUCAACCCAGUUUCUGGGAGAAAUUUCUUCGAAUCCCUCUCUGACUCCCUCAAGAUUACCAGAAAACUUGCCAUGUUCUCCUUGAAGUUCGCGGACGAUGGCUGGGAUUUCCCUGUUCGAGAUGUUCCGGCGAUUCCGGAAACUCAACUUGCAAAACUCGUUUCAGUGCUUCCGAGCACGGUGAUCAAUCUUGAGAUCGAUACCGCCGGUGUGGAUCUGCCUCCGAGUGAGGAACUUCUUAGAGCCGACCAAGCUAGCCAUCUGUGCUAUCAGAUCAGCCGAAUUUUCCCCCGCCUCCAACAUUUUCGGCUGCGGGUCGCACAUGUCUGUGAAACAAUCCUUGACUUAGGUCCUGACCUCGAACCCUGCUUUUGCACAAAAGCAUACUGUGGUGUUGGCCUUGGGAAAUCGAGCUGUCCACGGAUAUGUUCAUGGGAUCUGCGUCGGAUGACCGUUUGGAUACCAACGGGACAGGACAAAGAGAACAAUUCCUUUGUUCAAGCAUCCAAACGCCUAACGGAGCACUGUGCUUCUCACGCUCCUUUCACCAUUCUCGUCAACCAACAACACACCCACACGUGCGUCCUCAGCCCGGGAAUAGCCGUGUGCACGAAUUUCACUUGGUCGGUGACAAGCAACUUCUGUUCUAACAGAACCUCCGGUUAUUCAGAUCACAACCACCGCUCUGGAUCCAACGUCCAGAACAUGCCAUGCCGCGAUCAUAAUUUUCUCUUGAGAAGCCCCAGACGAUACUUUCUGCCUAAUGAUGACAACCCGCGGACCCCAUUCCCAUAUAUGGCUGAAUGGGCCGUAGAGUCCCAGAACAGGUGGACACAAGACAGCCAUCGCGGUUGCCGGUACCCUAUUUGCGACGGUUCCCAACCUGGGGACCCGUUCUGGAAGACUACUCGUGAUGGGAGGGGACUCUGGGCCUGCCUGUUCCCAAAGUGCCAGAUUCGGUGUCAGUCGUUCUACGCCCUUCAAGGACAUCAAUUAUACGGCCAUCCAGAGAAGCCGCAUGAUGGAAUGUACCACAGUUACUAUCCAUGUCCGUCUGUUGGCUGCUCUCGUGUCGGCCGGUGGGGGUUUUAUCGGAAGAAGGAGUUGGAAGAGCAUUUGUUGAGCCAUCAUCUAAAUCCUUGUACGAUGGAUCUGCCCUCAGAUUGAUGGCAACUUGAGGAAGCUCACCCUGUGUGGCACUCCGCGUUUAUGACGGUUCAUUUGGUAACUGAUCUUGCUUGGGCUUGCCUGAAAGAAUGGCUAUGGUGGUGCGUGUGCGACAUCCAGGUAUACUUUCUCACUAAUCCGAGUCUGCAGUGACCAUCCCAAUGAGAUGCUUUAAUCUGAUAGAGAUACAGGGUUGAAAGAAGAUCACGCGAACGGGAUUCUUGGAUGUAUCUCUUAUCUUCCGCACUGCCUAAGGCUCAUUUCCCAUAGCUAUGGGUUUUACAACUCUGGCCCUAUGAUUUAACUGCAUUCAGUUUCCCGCUUUGGACGGAGGUGAGGAGGUGCAGUAUUAGGGCCACAAUCCGACCGGCUCUACGCGGAGAUGCUAUCAUGUAGUGUCCUUCAUUAGAACUUAGUGUUAGCUUCGAAAUUGG